UGUGACAGCGCUCGUUAACCGCAGCAGAAGAAGCGUGAGUAGCUUCAUUAGCUUCAUUAGCUUCAGUCUUCGGCUGCUUCUCUUCUUAAAAACUCUCUGUUUUCUCGGUUUUUGUUCGUCAGUAAAAGUUUGUUUCGCGUCGUCGUCGCUGCUGCAGCGGACUUUGUUGCUGUUUUUCACCGGAAACCGUGUUUUUGUUCGUUUGUUCUCAGGAAAGUCUUUGUCCACAGCUUGGUCCUGUCAUGUCUCACAAGUACCCGUACAUGCCGCCGCCCUCAGACACCGACCGCAGACCUGAUCCUGGACCGCAGCGCUCUUCGGAACCUCGCCGUCACGCCUCACAGGACCGCGACGCUCACCCGUCGUCACAGGAACCCUUCUCUGCCGCCUCCUCCAGGGGCGGGGCUCCGUGGUCCCAGGACAGCGCUCUCCACAUCCUGAGCAGCUGCGGUCUGGAGCCCGGCGAUCUGGCUCUGCUCGCCGAGCUGCCCGAGGACGUCCUCACUGUGGACACGCUGCCUCACGUCCUCAAUCAGAUCAAAGGCAAGAGAGGAACGCUCAAACCUUUCUCCUCUUCUUCUUCCUCCUCCUCUUCCUCCUCUCAUGCUCCUGGCUCCACCCCCCAAGGCUGGGAUCAGCUCCGCACUCUGCCCGUCCGGUACCCACUGGGUCAGGCCACGCCCACUCCUCUUCCAUCUGAGCUUCAGGAGAACUGGGUGAAUCCCGGACCCCGCAGCUCGUCAUCAUCGUCACUGUCAUCUUCAUCUUCCAGCUUCAUGGUGGACUUUCACCACAGACCAGGACCCUCUGAGUUUGGUAAGACAAGCAGAGCAGGUCCAGGAUCUUCUCGGGAGCGAGCAGGCGUCCACAGGUCCACACAUCCGUCCACACGUCUGUCUCACGUCUCUGCGUCUCCAUCAGCGCCUCCUCCUCCUCCUCCUCAGGAGUACCGCCCUCAUCCUCGCAGGACACGCCCCAAGUCUGACGCCUCUUCCGUCAGGAACAGAUGGCACCCUGCUGCCUCUAGCCCCGCCCCCUCUGUGUCCGCCCCUGCCGUCACACCGUCCAGGAAAGAAGCUCUGGACUUCCACGGGACGCCGCCGCAGGUGUUCCCGUACUCGUGCUCUCUGUGUGAUAUCACUGUGCUGUCGGAGAAGAUUUGGAUCAGUCACACAAACAGCAGCAGCCAUGCAGAGGGUCAACUCAACCUGCUGCAGCGGUUUCCUCAGUGGGACUGUCGUCUGGUCAGCAGGUGUGACAGCCAAUCAGAGACGAGGACGGUGGAGGAGAGCCCCGCCCCGCCGCCGCAGACGGCCAAUGACACUCAGAAGCCGCGGCUGAAGAAACCUCCUCAGAAGAAGGUGAUGACUCGGCAGCUGAUGAAGGCGUCAGACAGGAGUAAAGUGGUGUGUGUGAAGUUUGCUGCUCAGGCCGUGGACGAGACGUUUCUGAGGAACCUGACGCAGCCGUUUGGGAAAAUCGUCAAAAUCCUCAUGUUUCCGUCGCUGGCGUUUGUGGAGCUCGGCUCCAACGAUCAGGCCAAAGAUCUGGUGAAGUUCCACGUCAGUUCUCCUCUGACUGUGAACGGACAGAAGGUGGAGUUCAGCCUCUCCAACACAUUCAACUUCCUGCAGAGUUCAAAGGUCAUCAGCUUCAGUCCAGCUCCAAAAGGAGACAACGGUCCAUCUGAUCUGCUCAGUGUGGUCCAACGCUUCGGUCCUCCACUCUACACUCUGUUCCUGCCGUCCAAGGCGUUUGUGGAGCUGAAAAAUGCAGCUGAUGCUCAGAAGCUGGUGGAUUAUUAUUCCUCUAACUCUCUGAGGGUCAACAACCACCUCAUCACAGUCUGCUUCUCUGGAGAAUACAACAGCCUCAUGCGCGUCACCUCAGCCAGGAAGUACGAGGAGGAAACACCAGCGAGCAAGAGGACGAGGACGAGGACGAGGACGAGGAGUCGCAGCCCACAGAGCGAGGACAAGACAGACGGCAAGAGGACGAGGAGGUCCAGGUCCACAGAUGGAUCCAGGUCCACAGAUGGAUCCAGGUCCACAGAUGGAUCCAGGUCCACAGAUGGAUCCAGGUCCACAGAUGGAUCCAGGUCCAGAGAGAAGAGGUCAGGGUCAAGAGAUGAAACCAGGUCCACAGAUACGUCUAGCAGAAACAGGCGGUCCAGAUCCAGGUCAUGUGGGUCCAGGACCAGAGAAACAAAGAUGGAACCAGAGAAACCAGAGACCCAGACCAGGACUGAUGCUGGACCAGGUCCUGUCCCAGACUCCAGACCUGAUCCUGAACCUGAACCUGCAGAGAAGCAGCAGAGUGAAGAAGAAGAAGAGUCAGAGGACGAGAGCGACAUCGAGGGGAUGGAGGUGAUCGGAGAGGACGACGAGGACGACGAGGACGAGGAGGACAAACACUGUCCAGCAGAGGACACAGAGACGCUCAGUGAAGAGAAGGAGGACAUGGACACAGAGAAGAAGGAGGACAUGGACACAGAGAAGAAGGAAGACAUGGAGACAGAGAAGAAGGACAUGGGCACAGAGAAGAAGGAGGACAUGGAGACAGAGAAGAAGAAGGACAUGGACACAGAGAAGAAGGAGGACAUGGACACAGAGAAGGAGGACAUGGAGGAAAAGUCCAGCAGCGAAACCAGGAAGACGACAGAGACUUGUCCAGAGGACGAGGAGGACACAGAUUUCUUCUUGGACCUGGAGAACUGCAUCACCCUGGACGAGCUGGAGGACGAAGAAGAAGAGAUCGCGGACGAACCCGAGUCCUCGUCCACCAGGGUGGUUUUCUUCAAGAACCUGCCUCAGCGUUUCUACACAGACGAAGACUUCGUCAGACUGGUGGACAAUUUGGGGACGGCGACGCGUUACUUCCUGCUCCGUCGGCGGGGACAGGGUUUCAUUGAGAUGUCCACGUCUUCAGACGCAGUCAAAGUCGUCCGAGACCUGAACUGCACGCUUUUCCACGGAUCCAGACUCGACGUCAACGUGUCCCACAAAUACAACAGACUCAUCAACGGGUUUGACGUUCAGCUGGACUCAAACCAGGUGAACCGGAGCCAAUCACAGGGUCGAGGCAGCACGAGGAGCAACGAGGGGACACGAGAGUCUGGAUCCAGGAAGGCUCCGGAGGUAGAAUCUGGAUCUGGAUCCAGGAAGUCUCCAGAGGUAGAGUCUGGAUCCAGGAAGGCUCCAGAGCAAGAGUCUGGAUCCAGGAAGACUCCAGAGGUAGAGUCUGGAUCCAGGAAGGCUCCAGAGGUAGAGUCUGGAUCCAGGAAGACUCCAGAGGUAGAGUCUGGAUCCAGGAAGGCUCCGGAGCAAGAGUCUGGAUCCAGGAAGACUCCGGAGGUAGAGUCUGGAUCCUGGAAGGCUCCGGAGGUAGAGUCUGGAUCCAGGAAGACUUUGUCAGAAACCACACAUCCUGCAGAACAGAAUUGGACAGGGUGUCCAGACGAUGAGAAGACGAGUGAGGACGCUGUGGAAAGUGAACAGGAAUCCACAAAGAAAGACUCCAGAGAGAGUCCUGGUCUUGAAGAGGAUCAGAACUCGGAGAAGAAUCCAGAUCUGCCACAAACUGAACAGGAGGCUGCACCUGUGGGUGGCGCCGCUGAGCCGCAGAAACCCUCCAAACCCGUCGGGUCAAAGUUCGUGCGUCCGGUCGUCGCUUACCUGUGUUCGCUGUGUGACGAGAUCUACGCCGACGAGGACGAGGCCAAACUGCGGCACUGCAGCAGCCUGACGCACUACAGGAAGUACCAGGAGAAAACGGGACUCGAUCCGUGGACGAGCUCAGACGGAAGCUAACGCUGUACGUUAUUUUAAAGACUACAUUACCCAGAAUCCCCGAGGACAGACUCGUCACGUUACAUUUAUUUUGUAAAAAACCACCAAAUAAAAGUCAUAAAGAAUCAA